GUCCUAGCGUUUUAAAGACGCACGUCGUGUACUAACAAACCUAAUCUCUCCCGGAAGUCGAUAUGUGUGGAUAUCUUUUUUAAUUUUUUAAUUGAUCUACCAAGGAUUAGCGGAUGGAUGACAUUUCUCCUUUUUGUGGCAAUUACCGCCACAGUUUAUCGUCCCGAUGUCACUCGGUGCUGCGCAGGCUGUUAGUCCUGAUGGUAGCGCUUCUGCGCACAGAUGUAAUAGCUCUCCAGGUGAUUGGUGGAAACGUAACAGUGGAACAAGGAGGUACCGCUAUCCUACCGUGUCAUGUCAUUGAUACCAAUGAUGACCUGACACAGAUUUCCUGGCAGAGGAGGACAAGAGAAAAACCUCGCAAUGACAAUUUCCUGACGAUCUUACCCAGAGAGGGAGUGCAGUUUCUCAAUGGAGGUGAUGAUCAAUUUAAAUAUAUCGGGAAUUUUAAUGACAAAAAUGGAACUCUCCAGUUAUCCAAUGUUACCCUGAAGGAUGAAGGCAGCUACACGUGCAUCUUCACCUUUUUUCCCAGUGGAAAUCAGAAGACUGAGAUACCUCUAAACUUGCUUGUGCCUCCUUUCACAAACAUCAAGGAAAAUCUUCCCACUUUGGGCACAGAAGAGGUUUUAUUUGCUACCUGCACGGCUGCUGGAUCGAAGCCUCCUGCAGAGGUGAGGUGGCUCACUGGUGCUUUGGGAGACAAAGUGAGGACGACAACAAACUCCACACAGUAUGAUAACGGCACAACUACCACAGUCAGCUCUCUGUUUGCUGUUCCUACGAGAGAGAUUAACGGUCACCAGGUCCAGUGUGUCAUCAGCGGUGACUCCCUGACUAAAGAAGAAACUCUGCCCUUCAUCAUACAGGUCUACUUUGCCCCCGCAGAAGUGAAGAUUAGAGCGAUUUCAGAGGACUCGUUUGAGUGUUUGACAGAAGCCAACCCAAACGCUAAAUUUACCUGGAGCAGAUCUGGUCAGUCUUUGCUGCAGUCUUCUGUCAAAGUCAAUGGUGCAGAGCUACAACUGCUGAGCCUGAGCUCUGAUCUAAAUGGUCUCUAUCAGUGUGAAGCAUCUAACGCAUAUGGAAGAAAACACAGUCAGCUGUAUGUGCAUGUGGCAUCAGGAGCAUGCUCUGCGGCUUGGGCCUUAUUUCGUGUUUUGGUUUUCCUGAAUGUCACUGGGGCUGCUGCAUGGUACUUUUAUAAACAUGGAUAUCUUAUAAGGAGACCAGAAAACACACCAGAUGAUGACAACACACCAGACAGUGAUCCACUGAGAGCUAGCAGUGCAGUAGAUGAUCCCGGACCACAUGAUGUUUGACCAUCUUCCAGAAGUGCACAUGAUGAUGAUGGACUAUCCAGGAGAACAGAUGAUGAUCAUGGACCAUAAGAUGACAGAAGACAUGGAUCACUGUCGACUAGCAGUGCUGGAGGUGAUCAAGGACCACAUAAUGUCUCACCCUCCCCCAGGAGAGCAGUGUGAUCA